AUGGAGUCCUUGUCCAAUAAGGAAGUUGAAAAGCAGCAGGACAAUGAAAAAGAAAAGUCGUGCUUAGAUGGAGAUAAUACUAGAUUCGCCCGGGCAGCUGGUUGGAAUGGCAAACCACACGCGGUUCGACAGACGGAGUUUGCUCUGGAUCGUUCUAAGAGUAUGUCGUUUGAUUGGACCGAGUUUGAGAAGGUCUUUGCCUCAGAAUUCAACAACAAGGCGGGGUUUGAGCGGCUGGUCAGUUUCCUCUCCGAGGUGUCAAAGAUCAUCGCUAAAUACCUCAGGUCCGAACGAGAUGUCUCCUCCAAAGUUUUGGACUUCCAUCACCCUCACCAACUUCGGGAAAUGAUGGACCACUGUCUGUAUGUUGACAACAAGCCCAGAGAUCUAGAGCAGCUGCUCAGUGACUGCAAGGAGACUCUCAAGUACUGCGUCAAGACAGCCCACCCACACUUUCUUAACCAGCUGUCAACAGGGAUUGACAUCAUUGGUCUUGCAGCUGAGUGGGUGACCGCAGCAGCAAACACAAACAUGUUUACGUACGAGAUAGCUCCGGUGUUUACACUCAUGGAGGAGACUGUCCUACAGAGAAUGAAGCAGCUGAUUGGCUGGUCGGAUGGUGACGCAAUAUUCGCGCCAGGAGGGGCAAUAUCUAACCUUUAUGGCCUGAUGGUUGCCCGUCAUGUGGCAGAUCCAGGCAUCAAGCAUACUGGUAUGGCUGAUGGCAGGAAGUUUGCUGUCUUCACUUCUGCCCAGAGUCAUUUUUCCAUCAAGAAAGCAGCUGUCCUGCUUGGAAUCGGCCUGGAUAACGUCUACAGCAUUCAGACGGACGCCAGAGGCCGUAUGAACGUUGCAGCGCUAGAAGAAACAGUCCAGAGUGUUGUUUCCGGUGGCGCAGUGCCACUCUUUGUGAAUGCUACAUGCGGGACGACCGUACUGGGCGCCUUUGACCCCGUCAACCCGAUAGCGGAUGUAUGCGAGAAAUACGGGAUUUGGAUGCACAUUGACGGGGCUUGGGGAGGCAGCGUCCUGUUCACAGAAAAAUACCGCCACCUUUUAGACGGCGUAAACAGGGCUGAUUCUAUGACGUGGAAUCCCCACAAGAUGAUGGGCGUCCCUCUCCAAUGUUCUGCCAUCUUCGUCAAAAAACAGGGAGUUCUUCAAUCGGCAAAUGAGUUGGGUGCAGACUAUCUGUACCAGAAGGACAAGGUUUACGACACCAGUUACGACACCGGGGACAAGGCCAUACAAUGUGGCCGCCACAACGAUGUAUUCAAGCUGUGGCUCAUGUGGAGGUCAAAGGGGGACGAUGGGUUCAGAGACCAAAUUGAGAAAAACUUCGAGAUGGCAAGGUACAUGCUCGAAAAACUGAAGGCGCGAGAAGACUUCGAAUUGGUUUUGGAGGAGAUAGAGGGCCCGAAUGUGUGUUUCUGGUACACUCCUGAGAAGAUUCGAGCAAUCAAGAGCCAUCAAGACAGAAGCUUUCAGCUGCACAAGCUGACUGCUUGCUUGAAGGGUCUAAUGAUGGAGAAGGGAUCCAUGUUGUUACAGUACCAGCCACUGGGAAGUAUGCCCAACUUCUUCAGGAUUGCUUUCUCCAACUCCGCCAUCACCCGGACUGAUCUCGACUUUGUCGUGCAGGAGAUCGUGGACCUUGCUGAACAGCUCGAGUAGGGGUCGUGGACAAGAAGUGACAGAAAAACAUAACAGUUGUCCAUAGUUUGUAACGUGGACUCGACCUCCAGCUGAGUUGUUCAAACAGUGUUAAAUGAUCAGUGACCUGACAAUGUAUCUUUAAUUGAUAAUUUGUAAAAUAUUGGGGUAUGUAAUGAAUUCCACGAAAGGCUUAUUUUUCUAAUACUUUUUUGCCUACCUCAUGGAAUGGGGUAAACAAACAUAAAGUAAACAAACCAGCAUUUAAAAUGCUCAUUGACAAG